AUGAUCGUGUAUGUGUUUUUUGUUUUCACAGGAAUGGAUGUUCGAAUUCGUCUGCGUACCUGGUUGGAAAGCAGACUAAACGAAGGUUGGAUUGAUGGACUUUGUUGGAUCGACCAGUCCAAGGGUAUUUUUCGCAUACCCUGGAAGCACCACAGCAAACACACCUGGACUGAGCAAGACGCUGCUAUUUUCAAGGAUUGGGCAGUUGUCACUGGGCGCUAUCGUGAAGGUAUCGAUGAACCAGACUGGCCAAUGUGGAAGACGCGCCUGCGUUGUGCACUUAACAAGGCGCCUGAUAUUCAGGAGGUAAAGCAGCGGCAUAAUUUGCAUUGUGAUGAACCAUUCAAGGUUUAUCGAUUUAUAAGCAAAUCGGAGUCAUUAUGGCGUGCUAAUGCUACUCGAAAUGCCAGUAUGAUGUUUGAUGGCGUCCCUGCUACCAUGACAUCUCUCCCUGGCACCUUUAACGUGCAAAACGUGAUUCCUUCUAGGACUCCAAAUACCCUGGUUUUGGGUGGAAUUCAACACAAACGUCCUGCUAUUCUUGUUGGUCGCGUCGCUUCUCUGGCUAAAAGUGCCGCCUCGCCUUAUCCUUCUCAUCCCGGACAACUGACUUUAAUUCGCCGACAUAAUCAAAUUUUCGUUAAAAAGCUUAGCUUGCGAUCUCUGCAACCUUCAUCAUCUCAUGGACAACCCAUCACGAGAGUUCUUGGAUCGCAAGAGGCAUUAAAUUCUGGACCAUUUGAUUCUCUUGAUGUCGGAGCCUAUCAGGAUGUGCUCUCUUCAACUUCCCUCCAAAGCCCCACUAAUUCUGUUACUCUCCUGCAGCCUACUGUUCUUCCACUCCUUCCUGAUGUCAUGGAGCCGGAGUUGCAUCAACUUGGUGUGCGCAUUCAACAUCUGCAUUAUCGUCUUAAAGAUGUGAUUGUUACAAAUCCCAAUGGAUGUUGUAUUUACCAUAAUUGGUAUGACGAACAGGGUCUAUUCAAAACGCCUGAUGGUACUCUCGAUGCGUUCUCUAUAACCAGUUCUCCUGACCCGAUAGAAGUGAUGAUGACACACGAUGUUGCUGACGAACAUCGUCCUUAUGUUACAAUGCUGCUCGACAAUAUGGUUCAAGGUGUGAUUAUUACAGCCGAUUCUAGUACUGGAGAUUUAUACAUGAGGCGUCUUUGUCGGUGUGCUGCCUUUAUCUAUUAUUUGGAUGAGUCUUCUGGUGAGCAUGUCAUGAUAGCUAAGGUAGCCAGGCGAGAUUGUUUCAAGAUGUUCGACUAUCAACAAUUCAUGACUCAACUGGAAUACUACCGCCUGGGCCAGGGUCCUAAACCACACUUCGAGGUUAUAAUUUCCUUCGGUCAACAAAUCAAAGAUGAACUCUCUUCUAGGAAUCUUCUUGUGUGGUGUCGAGUCGCUAGCUGCAAAGCGUGGUUUCAAUAUCAAAAGGUUACUUCUUCUUUGAGAACGCCUCAACAGACUAUUAUCUAUCCUCAGUCCCUCUCGUCAUAUGGUUCUCAUCUAUCACAACAGCACGGAAUGCUUGGUGAUGUUCAGCAAUCAAUAGGAUCGGGAGACGAUGUUGAUAUUUGUGCAUCUGAUGCUGUUGGCGCAGAGGUGUCCCUCUUUUCCCCUUCUGUUGUUAACAAAAUGGAUUCAACAGUAGUGGAAGAAGAGGUAGUUGUUUCAACUUCGAUCGGAGAUGAUGCCGUUCAAGAUGUUCAUGACGAAGUUAUCACCGAAACAAUUGGUGAAGUCGAAAUAUCACAAGAUGAAGGUCUUUUGAAUGAUCUCGAUUAA